AUGAAUAUAUUCUUUAAUAAGAAGCAAAAGACUCCAGCUGAGCUGGUCAAGUCAAUCAAGGAAUGUCUAUCAUCGAUCGAGAAGUCUGGUCCCAACUCAAAGUCAUCUGAGAAGGCAUUGGAGGAACUUUCAAAGAGUAUGCAGGACAUCAAGAAGGUGCUGUAUGGCGAUGGCGAGCAUGAGCCCAACGCUGAGCAAUCAGCCGCUCUCUGCAAUGAGAUCUGCUCAAGCGAUGUUAUAGCACAAUUGAUCAACAAUCUUGGCAAGCUCGAGUUUGAGGCCAAGAAGGACUUUGCUCAGAUAUUCAAUCAUCUGCUAAGAAUGAAGAGUCCACGUUCAACCGUAGAGUACAUUGCCAAGAAUGCUGACAUAUUGAACUCUUUGGUCAAGGGAUAUGAACAACAAGACAUUGCACUUAACUGUGGAACAAUGCUUAGAGAGUGCAUUAAGCAGGAGAUGUUGGCAAAGGAACUUCUUUAUUCACAGAACUUCUGGGAGUUCUUUAACUUUGUCGAGAUGUCCAACUUUGAUGUGGCAUCAGAUACGUUUGCAACAUUCAAAGAGUUGUUGACCAAGCACAAGACACUGAGUGCCGAGUUUCUGGAAAGGAACUACGACCAAGUCUUUGAACGAUACACAGUCCUUCUCAACUCACAGAACUAUGUAACAAGAAGACAAUCAAUCAAGUUAUUAGGUGAACUGUUAUUGGACCGUUCAAACUUUAAUAUAAUGACCAAAUAUAUAAGUUCAGCAGCCAACCUGAAACUGAUGAUGAACCUGCUAAGAGAUAAGAGCAGAAGUAUUCAGUAUGAGGCAUUCCAUGUGUUCAAGGUGUUUGUCGCCAAUCCAAACAAGACCAAGCCAAUCCUAGACAUCCUGUCCAAGAACAAGGAGAAGCUGAUAGUAUUUUUAACGCAAUUCCAUACUGACAAGGAGGAGGAUCAAUUCAAUGAUGAGAAGGCAUUCUUGUUGAAGCAGAUCCAAGCAAUUCCAACUGAUUAG